UUUGUCGUCUCCUGCGGCCGCGGUUCCCCCUUGCCGUUUCUCGCGACUUCCUCUCUCACGCUGUGUCUCUCCCUCACGGUUCCCUCUGUCUCUUUCUCCCUGUCCUCGGGUGCCCUCCUCUCGGGCUUCUUCUCCAGAACUUCUCUUCUCCCUUGUCCCUCCUCUUUCCAUCGCCCUUCCUCUCCUUGGAGCAGUAUCUUCUCGCUCGCGAUCUCGAAAGGCGGCUCUUUUCGGCGGGAUCGGGGGGGGGUGGCGCGGUGGAAGGAGAGCUCGUGGGGCACGGAAGCUGCGGGUUUGGUGGUGAGUCGUCGAGGGUUGGAUCUCUCGAGCUCGGUUCACGGGGAAAAGAGGGAGCUUUCUACGCUUCGGGUGGCUCUUUCACUCCGGUUCCUUCUCCUCCUUGUUCUCGCCAUUCUGCGUCCGGGUGCGGUUUCGCGAUGGCGGGAAGCAACGAGGUGAACGCCAACGAGUCCAAGAUGGUGGUUCCCCUGCACACCUGGGUCCUCAUCUCCAACUUCAAGCUGGCCUACAACAUGCUGCGCCGCCCUGACGGCACCUUCGACCGCCACCUCGCCGAAUUCCUCGACCGCAAGGUCCCCGCCAAUGCCUCUCCCGUCAAUGGCGUCGUCUCCUUCGACGUCGUCAUCGACCGCACCAACAACCUCCUCGCCCGCAUCUACCGCCCCGCCCCUCCCAACCCCACCACGCCCCUUGCCGACCUCCACCGGCCUCCCUCCCCCGAUCCCUUCCCCGUGAUAAUCUUCUUCCACGGCGGCAGCUUCGCCCACUCCUCGUCCAACACUGCCAUCUACGACUCCCUCUGCCGCCGCUUCGUCUCCCUAUGCGGUGCCGUCGUCAUCUCCGUCGACUACCGUCGAUCACCGGAAUACCGGUAUCCCUGUGCCUACGACGACGGAUGGGCCGCCCUCAAGUGGGCUUCCACCGAGCCAUGGCUCCACAGCGGCAAGGAUGCUAAACUUCGGGUGUUCCUCUGUGGUGACAGCUCCGGGGGGAACAUCGCACACCAUGUGGCAGUCAAGGCUGCAGAAUCCGGGAUCGAGGUGUCCGGGAACAUCCUCCUCAACCCCAUGUUCGGUGGUAAUCACCGGACUGAGUCAGAGAAGAGAUUGGAUGGGAAGUACUUCGUCACGAUUCAAGACAGGGAUUGGUACUGGAAGGCUUAUCUCCCCGAGGGAGCCGACAGAGACCACCCCGCUUGCAACCCCUUUGGCCCCAACGGCAUGAAGCUCGAAGAGCUUCCUUUCACCAGGAGCCUCGUUAUAGUGGCAGGUCUGGAUCUUGUUCAGGACUGGCAAUUGGCCUACACCGAGGGGUUGAAGAAGGCCGGCAAAGAGGUCAAGCUUGUCUACCGUGAACAGGCCACGAUCGGGUUCUACUUGUUGCCGAACACCGACCAUUUCUAUGAAGUAAUGGAGGAGAUCAGGAACUUCGUUACUUGUAACUUAAAGCAACCUGCAAAUAUAUGAAGCUCUACACUCUCACAGAAGCUACACAUUUUUCUCAGAUCUAGUUUAGUUCGAUGGCAUGUCAAUGAUUUGUUGCAGCUCGGGUAGCGUCUUGCUCGCUCGCUAGAACUCGAAGAAUGAUUCCGCGGCAAGAGCGGUAUAGCUUGGCCUCCACUGAAACCUCUCAAAGCUGUUCAUGAACAUUGAAUCAAAGGUGACUUUUCUUCGUCUUUCUACUGAUAGAGUCUUUUGUUAUUGCCUGAUCCAGCUCCUCCUCAUAUUUGAUGAGGUUGGAAGCUGGUGCUAACUCUAUAGGUGACGCAGUCUAUGGAAGAAGAACAACUGAAUUGCCUUUCUUCCUUCUACUGGUGUGUGUGUGUGUGUGUGUUCAGUGGUAUCCGUUGGACACCAUAUUGUACAGUGAUUCAAGUUCAGGAAGAAGAUGAUGGAACACCUUCUUGUUGUGUAUGGGGAUGCAUCGACAGGACUAGUUUCUUUCCUGGUCAACGUUGCGUGCCAUGAAUAUUAUGUUGGGUAUAAGGAUGGCCUGUGAUUUCUUUCUUGACAUUAUUUUUAUCUUUGGUGUCCUGAUACAGUUGAUUAUUAAUCUUAUUGUGUGCA